CCCGGAACAAUUGGAAUAGCGCGGGGUGGUCUAUGGCAUCUUCAUUUCUCGCGGCAGCAGCGGCGAAGGCCGGACCCAGCUUAAGGCGCCAAGCCCUAACCCUAACGGACGCUGCUGCUUCUAGAAUACGGCACCUCCUUCAGCAGCGUCAGCGCACUUUCCUCCGCCUCGGCGUCAAGGCUCGCGGCUGCAACGGCUUAUCCUAUACCCUUAAUUACGCAGUAGAUGACAAAGGGAAGUUUGACGAGUUGGUUGAGGAUAAGGGUGUAAAGAUUUUGAUCGAUCCAAAGGCUCUCAUGCAUGUCAUUGGUACAAAGAUGGAUUUUGUAGAUGACAAACUCAGGUCUGAGUUCAUAUUUAUCAAUCCAAACUCUAAAGGGCAGUGUGGUUGUGGUGAAUCUUUCAUGACAACAGGCAAUCCUGGAGCUGCUAAGUAGGUUGGUGGUGAAGGAUUAUGGCAAAGUUGUACUUGGUGAGAGCUUCCACUAUCCUGUUCCUUACCCUAUCAAGCCUUGCACUAACAGCUAUGAACAAUUGCUGCAAGAAUAGUAAAAGAAUAAAAGCCUAGGAACACCUGGAAGUUCUAUGAUAUUCUUUGUUAACAUAAUUAUUACAUCUGCACAUAAUCUUUAUAAUGUAAGACAUCUCAGAACUAUUGGCUUGUGGAAAUUACAGAAUGGAAAAUAUUUUUAAUGGCAGUGCUUAUAUGGGCCUUCAUUGUCCCCUUCUCCACAGGAGAUGAAUAAAUUCUAGGAUCAUUGAGUUGUUCAGUGUUU